CGCUUGGGGGAUUAGCGGGGAAAACUAGCGUGCCUUAGGUUUUUCUGCUGCAGCUCCCAAGCAAAACAAGAAUAGGAGCCAAUCACAGUUUGUGUUCCAGGGGCCCUGUGUUUCAGGUGAUGAAGAUCCCAUCUCAGCCACUUUUGGCAGGUCACAUCCUUUUGGCUCUUCGACAUCUGGGUUCUCGAUGUAUCAAUUAUCAAUCGAUUAGUCUAGUCAAUGAAUGGUUAAGUUUAAUGCCACACACCACUAGAAGCAGCGAAGAACAUUCCCUCUGCUCAUGGCUGGAAAUGUCCCACUCCCCUCCUAUAUCACCUGAUACCAAAAAAAGGAGUAAAGUGAAGUUCAAAAGCUUAUGAAGGUUAACCCAUUAUGGAGGUACAAAGGAUCAGUCCACUGACCGCUGUUUGCUGUUUCAUUGGCGCUACACGUUGUUAUGACCGUCGUCAG